AUGGGAACUAAACAAACCAAAGAAGCAAAAAAGACAUCACCAUUGACCAUUGACACCUCAUCACAAGUCGAUGGUGUACACGUCGGAGAAUCUGUGAGGAAUAUAUUUCAACAAAAACUUUGUGAUUUACCUGUUGCUAAAGAUUUACUGAGAUUAUGCAACAAGAUUAGUAUAUUCGAAGUCAAUACAUUUUCAACAGAUCAAAUGUUUUCCUAUCCUAAUAUAGACGAAUUACAACUCUUGAAUUAUCGAAUUAAAGAUCUAAACAAAGAAGACGACGACAUUGAGAAUGGAGAAGAUGACAUUAAAUUUGAAAAUAAGUUUACACGAGUGAUACAUUCGAUAUUGACAGUUUUGGUUCAAGAAAUUGAAUCCAUCAAUGAGAAUCGAAAUGAACAAUGUCACACAUGUUGUACUAACGGAAAUCACAUUGCAUCUCUAAGUUGUCACAUGUUUGAAAAAGAAGUGAAUUUAAAUAAUUUUCAAAGUCUAGAGCAAUUUAUGUUGAAUUAUUUCGGAGAAGAAUCGCCCGUUGUGACUGUUUUAAAAUUAUGUAAUCAAUCAAUUAUUGCUCCUGCUGUCAUUGCUUUAAAGAAACAACUAGGUCAAUUAUUUAGAUAUAAGGAUUCUGGAUAUUGGUUUAUUGACAUUUUAAUUAACAAAAAUGGAGGUGUCACAGUGUGUCAUCGAAGAAAAGAACGUGUUACAAGCCAUGCCUUUGAUCACACUUCCCACUCACAAUCCUAUCCUUCUCUUCCAUCGGCUUCUCAACCUGUUUCCCUUAAGAAAAGUUCAGUGUCUACAACCGCCCUUCCAAAACCUAAGAAUGACAUCUCUUCUCUCACACGAAAGCUCUAUACCUUUGAAUGGAGAUUGUAUAUUAACCUAUCUCCGAGUACAUUAACACAGUUAGAUAGUAUUCGAUUAGAGUUGGUGGAUCAUCUCGACUUUUCAGACUCUGAAAUUUUAUACUCAGAAGAAGAACGAGAGAAUAUUGAACGAAUAUUCUUUGAGCAUGCAAAUGGGUUUUUCUUAAAGUUUGACAGGGAUUUCGAACAAAAAGUGCUCGACAGAAAAAGAAAACAAGCCAAGAAGUGA